AUGCAGGCGUCAGGGUCUUACGGGGCAGCAGGGCUAAUGGCGAUGGCAGACAGGCGCGCUUGGGCCAGUGAGCAAGUCAGUGGUGGCGCGCCCAUGCCCACACGAGGCACUGACGGCCACGCGGGGUGGAAGGGCGGGCAAGGGGUGCAGAGCGGUGCUGCUACGGCGAGUGCAGAGGCAGGGCGGGAGGCGAGGGCGGCAGCAGGAGGCGGGGGCAGUCAGAGCCAGGGCUCGGGGUUUGCGUUUGCUGUGGGCGGCGUGGGCAGUGACGUGCAGGCCAGCCCCAGCGGACUGCGUGCCCGCACUCCCUGGGGCCAAGGGCUCACUGCCAAGCCUGCACGCGCCUCCCAUGGCCCCGCACACAGGGACGCGCAGGGGCACGCACAGGCGGAGGGCGUGGGGGGGCAGCAUGUAUGGGCCGCCAAGGCAGAAGUGCAGGCGCUGGACGUGGGUGGUGGGGGGGAAGGGCUGGCAGCACUGGUGGGAGGUGGCGUGGCGAUGCGCGUGGCGGACGGCACGGCGUCACCCACGCUGAGCACAGCGUCCUCAUGGCCCUCCGAGCACGACCUCGCCCUGCCCUCCCAUGCUCCCCCCCGCCCCCGUACCCAUUGCAACCCCGCCUCCACCCUUGCCGCUGCUGCAGGCGCGGGGGGCAUGGGGCAGGAAGGGGACAUGCGUGUGCAGUCAGCGAUGGGGGCGAGUGGGGGGCGAGGAGAGGAGGGCCAUGGUGAGGGUGUGUGUGGGAGGACAGGGGUGCUGUCCGGAGAAGAGGGGCCCGCGGGGCAGCAGCAGGGCGACGGUGUGAGGGGCGGGAGCAGCAGGCAGCAGCAGGGCGUGGCAGAGGAUGCAGGCUGCAUGGCCGCGCUCCUUCCUUCUCGCCCCGCUGCCUCGUCUGACCUCCAUUCACCACAUGCGCCACAGCAGCAGCAGCAGCAGCAGCAGCAGAGCCGUUCGUGCAGUCCAGCCCCACAGCCCGACUCCCAGGCAGCAGCACAGCGUGAGGGGCAGGGCAGGCUGGCACGGGCAGGGAUGGGGCAACAGUGUGCUGCUGGCAGCGGUAGCGACAGCGACACCAGCGGUGGUGAGGGCAGUGGCAGUGAUGGCGGCGCUGCAUCCCCUGUGCGCCCACCCACCUCGCCCACUUCCACCCUGCCCGCUCCUUCCCCCCACCCUGCACCCACCGCCCCCACUGCCCCUGCUGUUGUGGGUGGCAGCAUGGGCGGCGAGUGGGAGUAUGGGGUUGCAGUGCUGGAGCGGCAGGAGAGCACAGCGGGCACAGCGGGCCCCAGCGCUGGAGCGGUGGUGUUGCGUGGUAGUGCCGAGGGCUCCACUCCAAGCCCACUCGCCGCAUCUGCCCCGCCUGCUGCCAGCCUGCCACGGACUCGUGGGGGCGAUGGGGCAGGGCGCAUGAGCAAUGGGGAUGCUCGGGGAGCAGCGCCACGAGCAGCGACGGAGGAUGCGGUGAUCCUGACAUCGCUGGACGACGGGUGGCACUGGCGCAAGUACGGCGAGAAGCCCAUCGUCGAUAACUACUUCCCACGCGAGUACUACAAGUGUUCGCUCAAGCGUGGGCUGCGCUGCCCGGCGCUGAGGCAGGUGGAGCGGUGCAACGACGACCCCAGCAAGUUCCGAGUCUUCUACAACGGCGCACACAACCACGACCGCCCCCUCUCACGCCACCGCCCCGCGCCCUCCUCCUCGGGGCUCAUGAGCAGCAGCAGUGGCGGCGCUGCCCCAUCCGACCCCUCCGCCCGCCCAUGGCACCCCACCCGCGGGGGCAGGGGUGCCCUUCGAACUGCUACUGCUGCUGCUGUUGCUGGCGCUUCUGGGGCCGUGAGUGGCGAUGGCAGGAGCGAUGGUGCUGGAGUUGCUGGUGCAGGCAGCGUGGCAGCAGUGCGUGCAGGCAAGCAAUACCCCGGAUUACAUGGACAAGGGAGGCACGCGGAACAGGAGAGUGAGAAGCAAGUGGCAGGGGUGGGAGCGGCAGCGGAGGGUGAGGGUGCAUUGACAGCAGCAGCAGCAGCACAGCCCAAGCACGCGAAUGUGCGAGAUGCUUCCCAUGGGGGCGGAGACCGUGCCGCCCUGGCGGAUACCCGCACCACUGCCAAUGGCGAUGCCAAUGCCGCUUUUGAGGACCUUGAAAGGCAAUUCAAUGGCAAUGGCAAUGGCAAUGGCGAGGGUGAGGGUGAGGGUGAGGGUGGGGGUGGGGGUGGGGGCGAUGAGGAUGACGAUGGUGGUGAGUUUGGUGGGUUCGGCAUCAUCAUUCCCAGCACCGCAGACGCAUCGGAGCAUGGCAGCAUGGCAGCGUUGGCAUGCACGGAGGCGAGUGCACGUGCGCUGGAGCGCAGCUGCUCCAUGCAGGGCGAGACCGCCACGCCCCGCCACUCCUCCCUGCCCUCGCCCGUCUCCCCCGCUACCGCCACCAAGCACCCUUUCACGCCAGCGGCCUCCCUCUUCAGCCCUGCUGCAUCCGCCGCCGCCCCUCUUACCACCACCUCCCUGUGGCCGCACACAGCUGCUGCUGCCACUCACACUCGUGCCGCCACCACUGCUCCGCCAGGGGUGGCAGGGGGUGGGGAGAGGGGCUCCGAUGGAAGGCGAGGAGGGGAGGAGGGGGGUUGUGCAGGGGAGGUUCGGGAUGACGGAGCAGGGGAGGAGGCGCUGGGAGGCGAGAGAGAGAUGGGGGAGGGCGAUGGAGGUGGGGGCGAGCAUGGUGGAGAAGGGGGUGGUAGGGGCGAGGGCGAGCAGCGAGGCAGGGGCGAGCAGAGCAUGGGCGGUGUGGGGGAGUCAGCAAAUGUGCCUGCCCUGACGCUGCCGGCGCAGGGAGCAGUGGAUGCACAGGAAUUCAAGUGGCAUGAGGAGGGCACCGAGCAGCAGGGGCAGCAGGGCUCGGCCAGGAUAAUGUGGGGCCCCUUUGCUGCCACACUCGCAGGAGUGCAGUCACCCAAGGGAGCAAGGCGGCAGAAUGACUCUCACGAGAUGAACCACGCGCCCGCCUGCCCUCCUGCCCCCUCGCCGCCAGCAGCGUCCCAACCCCCCAGUCAGGACCCCGUGCUGCUGCAGCUGCAGGCGCUGCCACCACCCAACAGGGCAGAGGCGCAGCGCGGGGGAGGGGAGCCGCGGUACAAGGCAGUGCACAUGGAGAUGGACCUCGACCUGCCCCUGCCCCCCCCCGCACCCGCCCUCGCUGCCUCCCCCGCACCUGCACCGCCCGCAGCGCCCCCGUCCCCCCAGCACACAGCCCUGUCGUCCUCAGGCGCCCCUGCUCGUGACACCUGCCAGUCUGGGGCGGGCGCGGGGGCAGCAGAGGGGUCGGGCAUGGGCAGUGGCAGCAGGGAGGCGGAGCCCCCAGAGAUAUUUGUGCCGGUGAGACGGCCGCUGGACAUGAUGCGGCACACGGACGACGAGGCGCUGUCACCGCCCACCAUCUCGCCCACCCUCAUGGGCCUGCUGCGCGCCUUCAACUCCCCCCGCGGCGCCUCCUGGUAG